UCUUGUAAAAGUUGCAGAGCCAGUAUGAGGUCAGAUCAUAGCAGUGAAUGGUGGGAGCAGGGACUUGCAGCACCUCACAGGGUCCUCUCCAUAUUGGCAUGAAACCUAUAUAAACCACUUUGGACCCUCUGUGUACGUCUGGAUUUGGACUAAGUGGACAUGUCUUUAAGUGUCAAUCUGAAGAGGGUCACCAACCUCCCAGGAAAACAUGAGAGACUGGUGUCGAUGACCUUUCGAGGUUUCACACAUAAAAGCAAGAAAAUCCUUUCAUCGCACACUGCAGAAUUCAGCGAGCUUUACCGAUGGCCACACUAUGGGAAACUUGUCUUCGAAGAAGUUCUCUGUGUCAAGGUGUAUAACUGCAGUAGAGUGUUCUCUAACCGAUUACUAGGAACUUUGAUAAUAAGCCUCCAGCACUUGCCUCAAAGUGGUCGUCUCAUCCUCAGAGAAGCAUUGGUGGACAAAAAUUACAGUAUCACAGGGAUCUAUGUUGAGUUGGAUAUUCGUUACCAGCCUCCUGAUGGUGCAGCUGGCGCAUGGGUUGGAGAUGACUUUUUGUCUUCUGUGGAAGACAGUUCUGCAUUCAUUAUCCGGAAUGUUGCCUUUGAUGAAUCAGAAGCUGAAGCUGCUGCUGCAAGAAAAAAGGAUAUUGAUGCUGUCCGUAUCGGAAGAAAGCUGGUGAAGGGCUCAGAUGAUGAUGAUGAUUAUGACUCGUAUGAUGAUUCAGAAAUAGAGAUAUCUGGAAUUAAUUUCACUUCAGUAUUGAGUCGUUACAGUGUUCCCAUGAAGGAUGCUGCAGACAAUCCGAAACCAAGAAACUUCCAGAUUGCAGUCACUGUCAUAGAAGCCCAGAAACUUGUUGGGGUGAACAUAAAUCCAGUGGUACAUAUCAAGGUUGGAGAUGAGAAAAGGCACACACUGACUCAGAAAUCUACCAACUGCCCUUAUUAUAACCAGUAUUUUCUGUUUGAAUUCCUCGAGCCACGUGAGGUUGUAUUCAAUAAACUCAUCGAAAUAUCUGUAGUUCAUGCAAAGAAAAUCUCAUUUUUUGGAACACGUCUUGGGCUAUUUAAAAUAGAUGUUGGGACAGUGUACAACCAGCCAGAACACAGGUUUCUCCAGAAGUGGGCCGUUAUCACUGACCCAAAGGACACCAGAGCUGGAAUAAAAGGUUUUGUGAAAUGCACUCUCUCUGUUGUAACAAAGGGAGACUCUAUGAAUGCGCCGCCGUCUUCCACCGGCGGCCAAAAUGAUGAUAUUGAAAAGAAUUUAUUGCUUCCAAAGAAGGUUCCUGCAGAAAGGCCAUGGUCCCAAAUAUGUAUUAAAAUAUACAAAGCAGAGGGUCUACCAAGCAUGAGUUCUGGGAUCAUGGGAAGUUUCUCGAAAAUAAUGGGUGAUAAGAAAGUGUUUAUCGAUCCAUAUGUCCAGGUGUCAUUUUCCGGCCAGCAGGGUGAAACCUCUGUGGAGUCCGAUACCAUUAUCCCUGAAUGGAAUGAGCAGGUCAGUUUCAUCGAGCAGUUUCCUCCUCUAGCCAGGAAAAUUAAAAUACAGGUUCUUGAUGAUGCCCAUGUUGGAGAUGUUGCACUGGCCACCCAUUAUAUUGACCUGCAACAGAUUUCCGAUCCAAGCAGAAAUGCUGGAUUUAACCCAACGUUUGGACCAUCUUGGGUGAAUCUUUAUGGUUCUCCCCAAAACUACACUUUGAGAGAUAUCCAUCGGGACAUGAACGAAGGUCUCGGUGAAGGCGUAUUCUACAGAGGUCGCAUCCUUGUGGCCCUUUCAGUCGAAAUAUUCCACAACAACAAUAUGCAAGAAAAGAAACCUUUACAGGCCUUGAAAAAUGCAUUCAGCAAGCUUAAGAUGAAGAAAAAGAGCAAAAAAUCUAAGGAAAAGGAAAAGGCGACUGUGGCAGAAGAUGAACAGGAAGGUGAGGGAGAUGAAGAGAACAAGGAGCAGCCUAAUGAAGUCACUGUCCAGGUUGAUGACAUUCUACCACUUCCUGAGAACGCGUUGGGGGUCAAGGAAGAAUUCCUUUUAUUUGGUGCAUUCUUUGAACUCACAAUGAUUGACCCGAUUACUGGCAACAAACCAGUCAAGUGUGAAGUGUCUAUUGGAAACUAUGGAAAAAUAGUAGAAGUGAUCCCGAAAGAAUCUAAGAAAAAAGAAAAAGCAUCAAAAGUGCCUGAAGAGCGUCAAGGUUUACUGGAUACAGGUUCAGAAGAUGAACUGGAAACGGACACGCCACCUCCAACUUCUGAGCAGGAAGGGAAAUCAGUGACGCCAAACAGGAGACCGGAACCUACAGAAUUUGAUGGCUCCUUCAACUGUAUUACACUGGGCAUCAACAAGCCUUGUGUAUAUGUAUGGAGUUACUGGGAGGACCACAGCUGGAGACUAUACAAUUCCAACUGGAUUGUUAAAAUAGCCGAACGCCUGGAACGGGGCCUUGAGGAGGUGGAUAAGCUAACCAGAAGGCCUAAAUCCAACCCAGAGGUGCGCUUAAAACAAGUUUUAGAGGAAUUUGUUGCUGGCUGCAGGCAAUAUUCUCUCAACGCAGGCAAGAGAGCUAUGAGUCGACCAAAUAAUCUGGACCAGUGCAGAAUAAAAUCUCUCAGCCAAAAUAUUAUUCUUUAUGCCAAGCAAGCUUUGAGAGCGAGCCGACGUCUAAACAAACAUAACGUAAAGGAGAAAAUGACUGAUGCCAAGAAAAUCCUUGCAAAAGUCCGAUUUAUUGCAAGAGAGCCACAGUGCACACUCCCUGAUGUAAUAAUUUGGAUGUUCAGUAAUAACAAGAGGAUAGCUUACGCUCGGAUUCCAGCCCAAAAUGUCCUCUACUCGGUGGUGGAGGAGGAGAAAGGCAAGGACUGCGGCAAUAUCAGCACUGUGUUCUUCAAGACCCCUGGAUCAUACAACAGAGAAAUUUUUGCAAAAGCUGAAAUCUAUUUAUGGCUCGGAGUGACCAAAUACUCCAAGAAUAGCAUUUCUGACCUGCCGGAGGACUUCAAACCAAUGUAUGAAAGGGAUGGGGAACUAAUUGAUAUACCAACACCAUCUCCACCAAUCCUGCUCAGGCGAGAUGAUUACUAUUAUUUCCAACUUCGAGCUCACAUAUAUCAAGCCCGAGGCAUCCUAGCUGCUGAUGAUAAUGGCUUGUCGGAUCCUUUUGCUCGAAUUGUGUUCGGUACCCAAUGUCUGACUACUCAGGUCGUACGUGAAACUCUAGCCCCAUUGUGGAAUGAACUCUUGGUAUAUGAUCAUCUUAUCAUUGAUGGAAAUAAGGAAGAUUUGAAGAACGAUCCUCCGCUUAUCAUCAUCAACAUAUAUGAUAUGGACAAGUUUGGGUCUCCUGAUUUUUUGGGUCGCGCCUUUGCCACCCCUAUUGUUACUCUGCUGGAAGAGGAAGACGAAGAAAAUGAAAAGUCCAGAUACGUCCAGCCAGCCCUGCAGUUCUUUGACAUUUCAAAAGGGAACACGGAUGCUGGUGAACUUAUAGCCAUCUUCGAACUGAUAGAACUUGACAGCAAAAAAUACUUGGAGCCGAGUAUACCAGAUUACGUGGAGCCCAGAGAACCGGAAUUUAUGAAUGAUGAGUCUGAACGCUACAUUAUUCCCAGAGGCAUACGGCCGGUACUCAAAGAAUUCAGGAUAGAGGUUCUUUUCUGGGGUUUGAGAGAUUUGAAGAGAAUAAAUCUGUUUGAAGUGGCCCAACCUCAGGUCCGUAUUGAAUGCGCUGGGAAGAUAGUGGAAUCGGAAGUAAUUACAAGUUACAAGGAUUUCCCCAAUUUUACUGAACUGGUUAAGACUUUGGAUGUGGAGCUGCCAGAGCAGGUAUAUCUUCAUCCACCACUGAGUAUCUUUGUUGUGGAGAAGAGAGCCUUUGGUCGUUCAGUCAUGGUUGGAACUGCAGUGGUCUCUCAUCUUAUGAAGUUUGCCCCCAAAGAAUUAGAAGAUAUGAGCGAUGAGGCAGAUAAAACUAAACCAAAAAGAAGUUUACCUCGAGCAAGCUCUAUGCUUCGUAUUGUAAUCGCCGACCCAGAGAAACCAAAAGACACCAAAUUUAACCCUCUGGACAUAGUGAAGGAUCCGCUGAAGAACCUCGCUAAAGUAGCAAAGCUGCCAGAGGAGCUUGAAGAAGAGGUGCCUGAUGCUGAGGAGCUAGAUUGGUGGUCAAAAUAUUAUGAAUCCUUAAGAGAAAUAAAUGAUCAGCUACAUGCUGCUGAAGAAGAAGAGGAGGCAGAGAAUGAAGAAGGCGGUGAUGGAGGCAACCUGAACGUGGCUUCACUAGAUGCCGAAGGUGAAGAAGUGGAAAUCGAAGUGGAAAUCGUAAAGCCAAAGAGAAAACCCAUAGCGACACUGAAGGUCUAUAAUACAGAACUGGAAAAUGAAUUUGGCAAUUUCGAAGACUGGCUUUACGUCUUCAAUCUACAACGUGGGAAGGCUUUUGAUGAUGAAGAUGCUAACGAGGAAGAUAACUUCAUGGGAAAAUAUAAGGGUUCUUUCUAUAUCUACCCAGCAGAACAAGCCACCGCGGAGUUCCAAAUAAUGAAGGGAGUUCCACGAAAUCGACCAGUGAAAGUCCUGGUCAGGGUUUACAUUGUUAAAGCUACAAACCUCUCCCCAGCAGAUCCCAAUGGGAAGGCUGAUCCAUAUGUGAUUGUAAAAGUAGGAGAACAAGUUAAAGACAGUAAAGACAGAUACAUCCCAAAACAACUGAACCCUGUGUUUGGAGAGGUGUUUGAAUUAACUAUCUCGUUCCCUUUGGAGUCAGAGCUGAGUAUCUCAGUGUUCGACCACGACCUAGUAGGUUCCGAUGACCUGAUUGGAGAAACCAAGUUGGACUUGGAAAACCGUUUCUACAGCUAUCACCGUGCGAACUGUGGGGUUGCGUCUCAGUAUGAUUCGGAUGGGUACAACAAAUGGCGGGAUGCCUUUAAACCAACACAGAUUCUAAAUUCUUUAUGCAAGAAGCACUCCCUGCCUGCCCCAGAGUACCGGAGAGAGGAAGUCAAGGUGAACAACAAACUUUUUAAGAUCCCACCUGAAGCAUUUCCUAAAGAGGCAGCUAUAAAAGACAAGAACACAGAGGAAGGGGAGGUAUCGGCAGAGUACGAUGAACAUCAAGCUUUGUAUGUUCUGCAGCACUGGGAUGAAAUGCCAGAGUAUGGAAACAGACUAGUACCGGAACAUGUGGAAGUAAGAACUCUGUAUAAUGAAGAAAACCCAGGUCUGGGGCAGGGUUCUCUUCACAUGUGGAUUGAUAUGUUUCCCAAUGAUGUCCCUGCACCUCCGGCUGUAAACAUUAAACCACGUGAACCAGUCAGCUAUGAGUUGCGUGUCAUCAUUUGGAAUACUGAUGAUGUAAUUCUUGAUGACGUGAAUCCUUUUACCGGUACACCAUCAAGUGACAUUUAUGUGAAAGGCUGGAUACGUGGGUUGGAUGGUGACAAGCAGGAAACGGAUGUACAUUUUAACUCCUUGACUGGAGAAGGAAACUUUAACUGGAGGUUUGUCUUCCGUUUUGACUACCUCCCCACAGAGAAAGAAAUCACCUUCAAGAAGAAGGAAUCCUUUUUUUCAUUAGAAGAGUCAGAGUUUAGAGAACCAGCUGUGCUUGUCCUUCAAGUUUGGGAUUAUGACCGCAUAUCUGCUAACGAUUUUCUAGGGUCAAUAGAGAUGAAGUUGAGCGACAUGGUUCGCGGAGCAAAGACUGCCGGUCAGUGCACUAUCAAGAUGGCUAAGGACAAAGCAACUCCUCGUUUCUCGAUUAUUAGGAACAAGCGCAUGAGAGGAUGGUGGCCACUCAUUAAACUCAAAACUGAAGAGGAUAUAGAGCGGGAGGAAAGGGAAGCAAAUGAUAAGAAGAAAAAAAAGAAGAAGAAGAAAAGAUCUGUGAACCCCGACGAUGUGCAGUUUGUAGACCCGAGUGGAAACACCUACAUAUUGGCGGGGAAAGUUGAGGCUGAAUUCCAGUUGGUAACAGUUGAAGAGGCUGAGAAGAAUCCAGUAGGAUUGGCACGCAAAGAACCAGAACCACUCGAUAAACCAAACCGUCCCAAAACAUCUUUCAACUGGUUUGUCAAUCCCCUGAAGACGUUUGUCUUCUUCAUCUGGAAGAAGUACAAGAAGUACAUUAUUGCUCUGGUUAUUAUAGCCAUCCUAACGGUUUUCUUGGUCCUUAUCCUCUACACCAUGCCUGGAUUCAUCAGCGAGAAGAUUAUUAAUGGAUAGUCCUCUGGGACACCAUGGACAUUACCUGUAUAUAUGGAGACUCCUACUCUUUGUUUACUUAUCCUUAGAACUAAGGAACUGCUCAUAAAUUAUCACCCUCCCUGGUACUCAAGGAGUUAAGGGCUGGUCCCUAUAAGACUACAGCCCACAUCCUGGCACUGAAUAGGUUAAAAACAAGCUAAAAUGUUCGCAGCAUAAUUAUAUUUUUCUGCGCAAUCUAUUGCACAAUAGUAGGUGAUAUAAUUCUAAUUAAUAUAUUAAAAGACUUCCGAAUGAAGAUGCCAGUUAUUUGUAUUUAAUGUCUUGAACAUUUGAACGGAAUGUACGUUAUGGGAAAUGGAAGCCAUUCUAGAAUGUAACUUGUUCCUUAAUGGACUGAUCAUAUUGCAAUGUUUGUGUGUUUUUUUGUUGUUAUUAUUAUUAUUUUAAUUUUCUUUUUUGUAAACCAACAAGUCAAGCAAUGCACAUGUAAAGUAAAAAGCCAAUGGACAAUAAAUCAGAAUUAAGGAUGAAAGUUA